GCUCUGGUGUUGGAAAGUGGCGGGCGGAGAGAACGCGGUCGCGUCGCGUGAACUUAUCUCCGCUUUACCGCACCCCCUCCACACCCUCAGACCUUCACACCACACCCUCGGACCUUGACACCACACCCUCGGACCUUUACACCGCGCACCCGCCACAAUGGCAAGCCUCACUCCCUCCAAUCCCGCCACAAUCACAGCCGAGGACCUGCCCCCACGGCCCCCGCGCCCUUCGCAGCCUCUCACCAACGCGCCCCGCCUCGGCAUGCCCUUUGACCGCCGUCUGCUCCUCACGACCUUCACCUCCUUUGUCUGCGGCUUCACGCUGGGCAGCGCGUCGGCGGGCUCCAUGGCGGCGCUGCGAUUCCGCGCCGAAAACGCACACCGACUGCCAGUGUCGCAGCCCGGGUGGUAUCUGUACCACAAGAGCAAGAACUACUACAAGACCAAGGAAGGCGUGCUGGAGGGGCUGCGCAAAGGGUGCAAGGUCGCGGCGUGGAGCACCGUCUUCUUCGUCGUCGAGGAGAGUCUGGAUGUCUUCCGUGGCACGUGGAAGGCGGGCAGGACCGUGGAUGGCAUGGAGGGCGUCGACGAGCUGAGUCUGAAGAGGAUCGACAGGGGCGUCGCCGGGAGCAGGGAUUUCCUAUCAAGUGCGCUGGCGGGGAUGGUUACCGGCGGCGUGUGGAGCGCGUGGCAUCAGUUCCCUGUCAGCUUUGCGGCGAGGACGAUCAGGCUGGGGCUCGUUGUCGGCCUGGGGUACGGGUUGGGUCAAGACGCGCUCGUGUGGGCCAAGGCCAGGUAUGGGAGCGGCGAGGACGGGGAGAGCUGGAUCUACAAGGGCGCGAAGAAUAGGCUCAAGGCUGAUGAGGAAGAUGGGGAGAAGGCAUAGCUGGAUUGGAUUGCUGGAUUGCUGGAUUGCCAAACUACGGUGCGAUUACCGCGAGUCCAU